AUGGAGAAACAUCCUCUUUUGCAAAUUGGACCCCAGGCCGACAUUUUGGCUCUAAAAGUUCCUGCUUGUGGGCUGCCGGGGCAGAGAGUGGCCCCAGAGAGGUCAGGGGUCACAAGCAGCCGGUGUGGGGAGGCCAGGCGUGGUCAGAUACCAAAAUCGGGGGACACAAACAGGUUGCCAGCAUCUCAUCACCACCAGUCAUGUGAUUUCACACAUACCUCCUGUGGGAACCAUGCUUUUUUUAAAGUGUGUCCUAUUUCCUACCCGUACACACUUCCCCGUUUUGUAAUGAGAUUCAGUCACACCCAAACAGAUCCUGAAAGAAAGCUUUGCGUUUUCUCAGAUGAUGGAUAUGUUUUCACUAUUCAGUAA